AUGAACGGUCAUCCGGCCGUGAGCCUGGCACGUCCUCUGGUGCCAAGAGUUAAGGAAAUCGGAGGUAUUCAUAUUCCGAUAUCGGGCCCGAAACCACUGCUCGUAGAUCUCCAGGAUUACCUGAACUCUCAGAGCAGAAGCGGCGUUAUUUACUUUAGUCUGGGAUCGCAAAUAGACACGUCCACUAUACCGAGCCAGGUGUUUGCCGCCCUUUACCGGGCAUUCGAGCAAGUACCGCAGCAAAUACUGUGGACGUGCGCCAAAGAGAGAAUGCCUCCGCUGCCGAGAAACGUUAAGUGCAUCGGGUGGGCGCCACUGCUCUCCGUAUUGUGUGCGUAUAGCUUUUUUGUUUCACGGGAUUAA